UUUGAAGGACUUCUGAUGACACACCUGAACAGCCUGGAUGUGGAGCUUGCCCAGGAGCUGGGAGACUUCUCCGAGGACGACUUGGAUGUGGUGUUCACGCCGAAGGAAUGUCGAACUUUGCAGCCCUCUUUGCCGGAGGAAGGGGUUGAACUUGACCCACACGUCAGGGACUGUGUUCAGACCUAUAUUCGGGAGUGGCUAAUUGUGAAUCGGAAGAACCAAGGAAGUUCAGACAUUUGCAGCUUUAAAAAGACUGGAUCCCGAAAAGAUUUUCACAAGACGCUUCAGAAACAGACGUUUGAGUCAGAAACCUUGGAGAGCAGUGAACCCAGCGCUCAGGCAGGUCCCCGCCACCUGAACGUACUGUGUGAUGUUUCUGGGAAAGGUUCCAACACUGCCUGUGACUUCGACCUCCGCAGCCUGCAGCCUGACCCGAGGCUGGAAAAUCUUGUACAACAAGUGAGCGCUGAGGACUUCGAGAAGCAGAAUGAGGAGGCCCGGAGGACCAAUCGGCAGGCCGAGCUCUUUGCCCUUUAUCCGUCAGUGGAUGAGGAGGAUGCUGUGGAAAUACGUCCGGUACCAGAAUGUCCCAAGGAACAUCUGGGAAACAGAAUAUUGGUCAAGUUGCUGACCCUGAAGUUUGAGAUAGAAAUUGAGCCUCUGUUUGCCAGUAUUGCCCUCUAUGAUGUUAAAGAAAGGAAAAAGAUCUCAGAAAAUUUUCACUGUGACCUGAACUCUGAUCAGUUUAAAGGAUUUCUGCGUGCUCACACGCCCUCUGUUGCCGCAUCCAGUCAGGCAAGAUCUGCGGUGUUCUCGGUCACCUACCCAUCCUCGGACAUCUACCUAGUAGCCAAGAUUGAAAAAGUCCUUCAGCAGGGAGAGAUUGGAGACUGUGCAGAACCCUACAUGGUUAUCAAAGAAAGUGAUGGUGGAAAGAGUAAAGAAAAGAUUGAAAAACUGAAACUUCAAGCAGAAUCCUUCUGCCAACGUUUGGGGAAAUACCGGAUGCCCUUUGCUUGGGCUCCCAUAAGCUUAGCAAGUUUCUUCAAUGUCUCUACCCUGGACAGGGAGGUAACCGAUGUGGAGUCUACGGUUGGGAAAGGCUCUGCGGGUGAGCGGAGAACUUUGUCCCAAUCUCGAAGACUUUCUGAAAGAGCCUUCUCCUUGGAGGAAAAUGGGGUUGGAUCCAACUUCAGGACUUUAACCAUUAACAGCUUUUUCAAGCAGGAGGGAGAUCGCCUCAGUGAUGAAGACUUAUUCAAGUUUUUAGCUGACUACAAAAGAUCUUCGUCCCUACAGAGAAGAGUCAAGUCAAUUCCAGGCUUGCUCAGACUGGAGAUAGCUCUGGCUCCAGAGACCAUCAACUGCUGUCUGACUCCUGAAAUGCUGCCAGUGAGGCCCUUUCCUGAAAACCGGGGACGCCCACACAAAGAGAUACUGGAGUUUCCAAUCCGAGAAGUAUAUGUCCCUCAUACUGUGUACAGAAACCUUCUCUAUGUCUACCCACAGAGUCUGAACUUUACUAACAAACUAGCAUCUGCCCGGAACAUCACAAUCAAAAUCCAGUUUAUGUGUGGAGAAGAUGCCAGCAGUGCUAUGCCAGUCAUCUUUGGAAAAUCCAAUGGCCCUGAAUUUCUGCAGGAAGUGUACACAGCCGUUACAUACCAUAACAAGUCUCCUGACUUCUAUGAAGAAGUGAAAAUUAAGCUUCCUGCUAAGCUUACAGUAAAUCACCACCUCCUGUUCACCUUCUAUCAUAUCAGCUGUCAGCAGAAGCAAGGAAACUCAGUAGAAAGUCUCCUGGGAUAUUCAUGGCUGCCAAUUCUCUUAAAUGAACGUCUUCAAACUGGAUCCUACUGUCUCCCAGUUGCCUUGGAAAAGCUGCCACCCAACUACUCUAUGCAUUCUGCAGAGAAAGUCCCUUCACAGAAUCCUCCCAUUAAAUGGGCUGAAGGACAUAAGGGAGUAUUCAAUAUUGAAGUGCAAGCUGUUUCUUCUGUUCACACCCAGGACAACCAUCUGGAGAAGUUCUUCACCCUCUGCCACUCCCUGGAGAGCCAGGUGACCUUCCCCAUCCGUGUGCUGGAGCAGAAGAUCACUGAGUCGGCGCUGGAACACGAGCUGAAGCUCAGCAUCAUCUGCCUAAACUCCUCCCGCCUAGAGCCCCUUGUGCUCUUCCUGCAUCUGGUGCUGGACAAGCUCUUCCAGCUGUUUGUGCAGCCCAUGGUCAUCGCUGGUCAGCCAGCCAACUUCUCUCAGUUUGCCUUCGAGUCCGUGGUGGUCACCGCCAACAGUCUGCACAACAGCAAGGGCCUGGGCAAGGACCAGCACGGGAGAAACUGCCUGCUGGCCUCUUACGUGCACUACGUCUUCCGCCUGCCGGAGCCACAGAGAGACAUGCCCAAGUCAGGUGGCCCCACUGUCCUCCCGGACCCUCGCUACCACACGUAUGGACGCACAUCUGCUGCAGCUGUGAGUUCGAAGCUGCUGCAGGCCCGGGUGAUGAGCAGCAGUAACCCAGACCUCGCGGGGCCACACUGUGCAGCAGAUGAGGAAGUUAAGAACAUCAUGUCUUCAAAGAUUGCUGAUCGCAGUUGCAACCGGAUGUCUUACUAUUGCUCCAGCAACAGUGAUGCUCCAAGUUCAACAACAGCCCCCAGGCCAGUCAGCAAAAAGCAUUUCCAUGAGGAGCUUGCCCUACAGAUGGUGGUCAGCACUGGAAUGGUGAAAGAAACAGUCUUCAAGUACUCCUGGUUCUUCUUUGAGCUUCUGGUGAAAAGCAUGGCCCAGUAUGUACACAACAUGGACAAGCGGGACAAUUUUCGGAGGACUCGUUUUUCUGACCGUUUCAAAGAUGACAUAACUACUAUUGUUAAUGUGGUCACCUCGGAGAUCGCAGCCCUUUUACUAAAACCUCAGAAGGAAACUGAACAGGCAGAAAAGAUCAACAUUAGCCUGGCUUUCUUCUUGUAUGACCUCCUCUCACUCAUGGAUCGUGGCUUUGUGUUUAACCUCAUCAAACAUUACUGCAACCAGCUGUCAGCCAAGCUCAACAACCUUCCAACGCUCAUUUCCAUGAGGCUGGAGUUCCUGAGAAUUCUCUGCAGCCAUGAGCAUUACCUCAAUUUGAACCUCUUCUUUAUGAAUGCGGAUACCGCUCCAGCAUCUCCCUGUCCCUCCAUAUCUUCCCAGAACUCCAGCUCCUGCUCGAGUUUCCAGGACCAGAAGAUUGCCAGCAUGUUCGACCUGACACCGGAGUACCGCCAGCAGCACUUCCUCACCGGGCUUCUCUUCACCGAGCUGGCCGCUGCCCUGGACGCUGAAGGGGAAGGGAUCAGCAAAGUACAAAGGAAAGCUGUCAGUGCCAUCCACAGCCUGCUGAGUUCUCACGACCUGGACCCACGUUGUGUUAAACCAGAGGUGAAGGUCAAAGUUGCUGCCCUCUAUCUGCCUUUGGUUGGUAUCAUUUUGGAUGCUUUGCCACAGCUCUAUGACUUUACAGCCGCAGAAGCUCGAGGUGGAAAAAAUCGUGCCAGUGGCUCAGAUGAAGAACAAGAAGGGACCAGUGCAAUUAAUCAGAAUGUGGCAUUGGCUAUAGCUGGAAAUUUUAAUUUGAAGACAAGUGGAACAAUGUUGUCUUCCCUGCCCUACAAGCAGUACAACAUGCUGAAUGCUGACACGACCCGGAACCUCAUGAUCUGCUUCCUGUGGAUCAUGAAAAACGCGGACCAGAGCCUCCUUAGGAGGUGGAUUGCCGACCUGCCGUCCAUGCAGCUAAACAGGAUUUUAGAUCUCCUUUUCAUCUGUGUCUCAUGUUUUGAAUACAAGGGAAAACAGAGUUCUGACAAAGUCAGUACCCAAGUUCUGCAGAAGUCGAGGGAUGUCAAGGCCAGGCUGGAAGAGGCUUUGCUCCGUGGGGAAGGGGCCCGAGGGGAGAUGAUGCGGCGUUGCCGGACUCCAGGGAAUGACCGAUUUCCAGGCCUAAAUGAAAAUUUGAGAUGGAGGAAAGAGCAGACACAUUGGCGGCAAGCUAAUGAGAAGCUAGAUAAAACAAAGGCAGAGUUAGAUCAAGAAGCCUUGAUCAGUGGCAAUCUGGCUACAGAAGCAAAUUUAAUCAUCCUUGAUAUGCAGGAAAACAUUAUCCAGGCUAGCUCGGCUCUGGACUGCAAAGACAGCCUUCUGGGAGGCGUGCUACGGGUCCUUGUGAAUUCUCUGAGCUGUGAUCAGAGCACCACAUACCUAACUCACUGCUUUGCAACACUGCGUGCUCUCAUUGCCAAGUUUGGCGACUUGUUGUUUGAGGAGGAAGUGGAGCAGUGUGCAGACCUGUGUCAGCGAGUGCUGCACCACUGCAGCAGCGGCAUGGACAUCACCCGCAGCCAAGCCUGCGCCACUCUCUACCUCCUCAUGAGGUUCAGCUUUGGAGCCACCAGCAACUUUGCAAGAGUAAAGAUGCAAGUAACCAUGUCUCUGGCAUCUUUGGUGGGAAAAACACAAGACUUUAAUGAGGAGUACCUGAGAAGAUCCUUGAGGACAAUUUUGGCCUAUGCAGAAGAGGACACAGCCAUGCAGACCACUCCUUUUCCCAUGCAGGUGGAAGAACUUCUCUGCAAUCUGAAUAGCAUCUUAUAUGACACAGUGAAAAUGAGGGAAUUUCAGGAAGAUCCUGAGAUGCUUAUGGAUCUCAUGUACAGAAUUGCCAAGAGUUACCAGGCAUCUCCUGAUCUGCGUCUGACCUGGCUCCAGAACAUGGCAGAGAAACACACCAAGAGGAAGUGCUACACGGAGGCUGCCAUGUGCCUGGUACACGCGGCUGCUUUGGUGGCUGAAUAUCUGAGCAUGUUGGAGGACCACAGCUACCUGCCCGUGGGCAGCGUCAGCUUUCAGAAUAUUUCUUCCAACGUGCUGGAGGAGUCUGCCGUCUCUGAUGACACCCUGUCGCCUGAUGAGGAUGGGGUGUGCUCCGGCCGGUACUUCACGGAGAGUGGCCUGGUGGGCCUACUGGAGCAGGCGGCCGAGCUCUUCAGCACGGGAGGACUGUAUGAGACAGUUAAUGAAGUCUACAAGCUGGUCAUCCCCAUCCUGGAAGCUCAUCGAGACUUCCGGAAGCUGACCUCCACCCAUGAAAAGCUGCAGAAGGCCUUUGACAGCAUCAUUAGCAAGGGUCAUAAGAGGAUGUUUGGAACCUACUUCCGCGUUGGUUUCUAUGGAUCCAAAUUUGGGGAUCUGGAUGAGAAGGAAUUCGUUUACAAAGAGCCUGCAAUUACCAAGCUUCCUGAGAUCUCUCACAGACUAGAGGCAUUUUAUAGUCAAUGUUUUGGUACAGAAUUUGUGGAAGUGAUAAAAGACUCUGCUCCUGUGGACAAAACCAAGCUGGACCCUAACAAGGCCUACAUACAGAUCACUUUCUUGGAGCCCUACUUUGAUGAGUAUGAGAUGAAAGACAGGCUAACCUACUUUGAGAAGAACUUCAACCUGCGGAGGUUCAUGUACACCACCCCCUUCACCCUGGAGGGCCGGCCUCGGGGCGAGCUGCAUGAGCAGUACCGGCGGAACACCAUCCUGACCACCCUGCACGCCUUCCCCUACAUCAAGACCAGGAUCAGCGUCGCCCAGAAGGAGGAGUUUGUUUUGACACCAAUUGAAGUUGCCAUUGAAGAUAUGAAGAAGAAGACUCUGCAGUUAGCAGUUGCCAUUAACCAGGAGCCUCCUGAUGCCAAGAUGCUUCAAAUGGUGCUGCAAGGCUCUGUUGGAGCUACUGUCAAUCAGGGACCACUGGAAGUAGCCCAAGUAUUUUUGGCUGAAAUUCCAGCUGACCCAAAACUUUAUCGGCAUCACAACAAGUUGAGAUUAUGCUUUAAGGAAUUCAUAAUGCGAUGCGGGGAAGCCGUAGAGAAAAACAAGCGUCUCAUCACAGCAGAUCAGAGGGAAUAUCAGCAGGAACUCAAGAAGAACUACGGCAAGCUGAAAGAGAACCUCCGACCAAUGAUCGAGCGGAAAAUUCCGGAACUCUACAAGCCAAUAUUCAGAGUUGACAGUCAAAAGAGAGACUCCUUCCACAGAUCUAGUUUCAGGAAAUGUGAGACCCAGUUGUCACAGGGCAGCUAAGAAAAACUAUCCUCACCCAGGAAGACUGGAGGCUCUGUGACCCUGGAGAAGGACCCGCUGGUGCCUAAAACAGGAUAUUUGCCACACAGGACACA